AUGCAUAUUCCAACUGUUCAGUCUCUCCUUUGCCUUUCUCUUCUCUCCUUGUCCAGCGUGUCUGCCGUUCCUCUUACUGAGAACGUGCAGCCCAGAGCUGCUACAACCUGCAAUGCCAAUGACAUCAAGACCGUGAACAACAGCAACAAGCAGCCGGUGACAUACUGCAAGUCAUGGCUGGCCAACAAGCAGUCCAAGUCAAAUGUCAAGGGUCUGACUGUCGCCCAAGUUAGCGGUGCUUGCAAAUGUAUUCAGGCUUCUGCUUCGUCUUCAUCUUUACUUCCUCUACAAGAAAGACCACCUCGUCUACAAAAAGGCCAGCACUUCGGUCAAAACACAGUUGAAACAAGUUUCAUUCUCGACCAGAGCAUCGUCUUCAACCAAGAGCUCGUCCUCGAUCAGAAGCUCGUCUUCGAUCAAAAAGACAAGUACCUCAACCAAGCAGUCAACCACAUCGAAGCCUUCCACAUCAUCAAAAGUGUCGACGUCAAAAAAGACUACCGCCAAGUCGACGAGUGUCGCAAGCAGCAAGUCGACAUGGACUUCCGUACCUCUUCAAGCGCCUCCAUCCGUUCCACGUCGACCUCAUCACAUCUUUCAUCUUCCGUUCCCUCGACAACUUCAUCUACCAUGUUUUCAGCAGACGCCAUUCCAAUGGACCCAGUUACUAGUGUCGUCGCCAACCAAAAAGCCCCUACGGGUGUUUCGACGCGAACAUCAUCCAGCACCCAAACAUCUUCCAGUACCGCCGACUCGAAGGCGACUUCUUCGCCGUCUGCCAACACGAAAAAUGUCUCCAGCGGCAGUAACGUUAUAACCAAUGGAAUGUUCAGCCAAGGCUCCACCACCGGCUGGCACGGUGCCCGCGCUUUCGGUACCAAGUUCUCCGUAGCUUCGCUCGCUGGCGAUUCGAACUACGAAGCACUUGUGAAGUAUUCAUUGGCUGCCAACGACAACGCAAGUGGUCAGCUCUACCAGAACGUCACGAUUCCAGCCAACUCGACCUGGCAGCUCAGUGCCGAUGUCUAUCUCAACUACCCAAGCGGUCUUCCUGCUGGGGUGGCUUGUGUUGUCAAAUACAGUCUCGGUAGCGACGAUAUCAUUCUCGAGCAGUAUGGUGUUGCCUCGUCGAGCGGUCCCGUAUUGUCUGACACUGCUUCCGGCCAACUGUCGCAAGGCUUCACUGGCCGGUUCAUGAUAGACACUUACUGCAACAGUGCCAGCUCUUCGGCGGCAAGCUUCGCCCUGGGCUUUGGCAACAUCCGGCUUCUUGUCUCGGAUGCUGGAAGUGCUACCACGACCGCAGCAACCACCGCCGCGGCAACCACAACCUCGAAGGCUUCCUCUACGCCAUCGAGCACAACCGGAACCAACAUGCUGACCAACGGCAACUUUGGCACAGGCGACUACUCGGGCUGGGCCCUGUAUCGUCUGGGCAACCCCACCUUCGCCGUCCAAGGCAACCCCAAUGCUUAUGUCUCGGUCAUUUCUUUCCCCGCUGGCGGUGAUUCAAGCUCUCAAGCUGCUCUGCUGCAGCAAUCCGGGACUGCAAAGGCUGGCAAGACCUACACCGCGUCGAUGGGUCUCUUGCUCAACUACCCCAACGGUCUGCCCAACGAUGGCUCUUCUUGCAGUCUGCAAAUGUACUUUGUCGAUUCCAAUGGAUUUGGCGUUUCGUUUGCUCAGACGUCGUACAAGUAUGGUGAUGCGGCGUACCAGAGCAUUACUGGCAGUGGUACGGUGAACAAUGGGUUCGAUGGCGUUUUUGAUAUUCUGAUUAGAUGUUAUGGCAGCGCGCAGGCGAUCGUUGCUGGCGUUGAAGACGUACAGCUUUUCGAGUCUUAG